CGUCGCAAUGGCAGAGCAAAUUACCGGUAUUACUGUCACGUCAAAGCGUCUAGAGCAAUGGUUUAACGAUGAAGUAAGUCUUACAUGUACACCUGUGAAGGAGAAGACUACACAGAAUCUGACUGAAAGGCCACAUCUAAAUCCAAUUUGGAAAUUUCUAACAAGUCGUGUGAAAAGUCAGAAAAAUAAAGAAUCACUGUGUCAUGGCCUUACAGUUGAAGUCUGUUUUGCUGUGCACAUGAUGCUGCAAGUAAGCUUAUCUGUAACACUCGUCCAGAUCAGACAUCACCUCUAUUCAUAUCUGAUCACAAGAGUUCAGUAGCAAAUCUGUUUGAUUGUGAGUAAUGCAACAAACAGA